AUGCCUGCAAUCAGUAGUCCUGCCCCGUCUGCGGUGAUUUUAGUAACUGGUGCAAACGGGUUUCUCGGAUCGUGGAUAGUACGUCUAUUGCUUGAAAAGGGAUAUUCUGUUCGCGCAGCGGUACGAAACUCAAAGAAAGGUAACUAUCUCAAAGAUCAAUUCAAGUCCUACGGCGACAAGUUUGAGAUUGCUGUGGUCGGGGACAUUGGCAAAGAUGAUGCCUUUGUUCAAUCAGUUCAAGGGGUCCACGGAAUAAUUCAUACGGCAUCACCAGUCUCAACGAUCGUUGAUGAUCCGAGAGAUACGGCGGAUGAGGAGGUUACUGUCUCUGAAGAAGUCUGGAACGAACAACGCCUUGAGGAGUGCAAUAAGUUGGGUAAAGAGGCCAGUGGCUUAGCCAAAUACUCUACAUCCAAACUUUUGGCAGAAAGAGCUGCUUGGGAUUUUAUGCAAAGCAACAAAGAGAGAAUAAGCUGGGACCUAACGACUAUCAACCCUCCAUGGAUUUUCGGGAACAAGCCUAUUAUCCACGAGGUCGAUAAUCCAGCCUCGCUUACAUCCUCGAGUAGACGGUUCUGGGAUGCUGUUGUAAAUAACAAUUUUUGGGGAGUCGCUCCGCUUGAACGCCCUGGCCAUGGCUGGGUUGAUGUACGAGACGUCGCUGAGGCGCAUAUCAAAGCACUAGAAACGUCUACUGCUGGUGGAGAACGAAUUAUUGUCACUGCCGGAUCUUGGGUUUGGCAGGAUAUUAUCAAUACCGCCAUCUCCUUGCCAAGUCAUAUCUAUAAACGGCAUCCUGCUGCUACUGGCCCGCUGGAAGUCAAGUCACGAUUGAUAAGUUGGGACACCAGGAAGCAAGAGAGAAUUCUGGGGUUGAAAUUUCGCUCCAUGGAAGAACUUGUGCAUGAUACCCUUGCAAACUACUCUGAGCAUGGCUGGUAUUAG